UGGAAGAGAACUGCUCUAGAAAUGGAAAUGAAGCAGGCUGUAGUGGGGAUGCUGGUGUCUAGGUUGCCAUAGAACAAGCAGGGUCGCACAUCACUAUGACUGCUCUUAAACCUGUCCUAGACCCUUUAUCUAAAUUCUUCCAUGGUGAAGGUUAAAAGGUCGACCUCUCCAUGGCUUCCCUCACGUACCUCGAGUGGAGGAGGAAGCUGCAGAUGGCUAGGGAAGAGCAACCCUGGCCAUUAAACUUAUGUUUGGACCAUUGAUGUUGUCAUUCUAUCCAACAUCAUUUAAGCUGCACUGGGGGCAGGGGAAAUCUCCGCAAAAAGGGUGAUGAUGAACAUUAUCUCACCAAGUGGCUAGAGACGUUCAGUGCUGCGCAUGUUCUUACCACAGCUAAGGACCAAUUUUGACGAUGUUAGGCAGAGAUUUUUUCAGUCACCAGAUUUUUUUCGGAAAAGUUACCUGAGCACUUCAAGAAGGAAGGACACAUGCCCUUGCUUGAUUAUCAUGCGAAAAAGAUACUUAGAUGUCAACUUAUAAAGGAUAUGGAGUCUACUCUUGUCUUGCAAACAUCUAAAGAGGCAGCCACCUCAGAAGUUACAGAAGUAGUGAAGCAACGUGCAGAGAAUUUUUGUGUUGCAACCUUCACUUAUUAUACAACAGACAGGGGCUGGAAAUAGGAAUUAUGGUUGCAAUGUUGAGGCAGUCGUUUGUCAUUUUAGUGCACAAAUCCGAUUUCUAUGGGAAGUGAUAUAGUCUUGCAUUUCUCUUGAAUAUAAAAGUAUGGAGGAAUUAUGUAUGCCGACUACCACCACAGCAAGAAAGCAUGUCGACAAACGUUUUCGCGUGGCAGCACGGCCACUUGUCCUUGCCGCAAGCCUCCUGUUUAAUUUACUGAAUCUAAUGUUUGCAGCAGUCUUGAAUGCCAUUGGAGGAGUCACAAGGAGAAGGGGCCUUAGCUUGCUUGCGCCAAGGCAGGGCAAGUUUGGAUACGGAAGUUUCAAGCCUCGAGUGUUCAUUAAUGACUUCAACAUGACACUCAAACGAGAAAAGAGGGGUCAUCCGAGAGCAGCGCAGAAGUUAGGAGAGAGGCAGAAGCUGACCCAAAGAGAGUUUGACUGAGAGAUUGCCUUCCAUAUUCACACCUGGAGGAGGACAAGGAGCUGCUGCGGAGGUGUGCUGAGAGACGACAAAAAAAAUAUGCCCUACCGGGGCAGAAAUUUUGUCCGCGGAUCAUUGUCGGACCAGUUCAGGUCGGACAGAAAAUCGCGGACAAAGGUUCAGUUACACAAACUUGACUCAGUUAAGCUCGAUAGGCUCAUUUUUAGAGGUUUUCUUUUAGGGAUGCUUAUAGAUAAUAUCACCCCAAGGAAUGAGGGUUUUUGGAAAAUCCACCUUCAUUUGCCUUGAUCUCUCGUGGAGCUCUAUCGCCGAAAGCGAUAGGGAGAGUGAGAGAAAGAGUCUACAUGUCAAUCUUCUUCGAUUCUUUGGAGAUAUAAAGUCAAUAAGGCCUGACAUUAAAGGACGGAACCAAAAAAAUUUCACUAAGGCUAAAAUAUCAUUUUUUUUUUAAUUUUUAUAUAAAACAAGUGAAAUUGUUUAAAAAUUUAUAUGUAAUUUCUUUCCCUGACGAAACCAGAAAUUUUUCACAAAUUUUUACUAAAGCUAAAAUAUCAAUUUUUAAAAUUUUUAUAUAAAACAAGUUAAAUUGUUUAAAAAUUUAUAUGUAAUUUUUUAAAAAAAAAUUAAGGUGGAGCCCCAAACCCUACCGUGGCUUUGCCCCUGACAAUGAAGGGGCUUUUUUUGCUGGAAAAACCCCAGUCCAUGGUGACUUUGAGGGCUGGAGACAGGAAGCUCCAAUGAGGUGGAGGUCGACGAGUGGUAUAACUCCCUUAGCCGAUCUGUGUAUAUGGAAGCUUUGGCAACAGCUAGCCCUCCUGCUCGAGCAAGUCCUUGCGCUGGCGGUUCUCCACAUGUUGAGGGUCCAACGAUUGAACAACAAACCCGGAGUUGGGGUCCUGCAGAGGGCGAACCGCAAUAUGUGUGAAGGCUAGAUCGCCGGAAAGGACGUCGGUCUCGGGUUCCGGUUGUGGGUCGGGUGCUCUUCUUCUUCUUCUGCAGGGAGGGAGAGAGAGAGGAUGCCGCCGCCGGAGAAGGCGACGGAGGAUCGAAGCGAGGAGGGUGGGGACCGUGGGAGGUUAUGGAAGGUCCUUCUUUUUGGUACUAUCGGAGCCACCGUUGCCACCACCUUCGCGGUUGCACAAUUGCGGCAGACAAUGACUUGGUUCUCUAAUCAGCUGAGCAGGUCGCCUUUAUAUGAAUCAUGGCGGAGUGCUAUUAGUGGCUUCAGUCCUAGAAGUUUCAGAGAAGAAGCUUGGAAAAAAACUAGCCGCCGCAUGCAAGAAGAGUAUGAAGAUGAAAUGGAAAGAGUGGAAAGAAUAAGACGAAUGCAAAGUGUUUUCAAUCGAGAAAGAAAUAAAUAUAAGAGAAGCUAUGAGAGCUGGAAAGAUAGUGGCCCAGGGGCUUAUCAACAAUUUCAGCGGGAUGAUUGGUAUUGGAAGACUGACACGACCUACAAACACCAAAGAACCAAUUCAGGAGCUGCUCGCAGGGAAAGUGGAAUUCAUGCAUUGUCACACCAUUACUCUAUUUUGGGCCUUGAUAGGUUUAGGGCAAAGCCUUACACAGAGGAGGAGAUUAAGACUGCAUUCAGAGAAAAAGCCAAGGAGUACCAUCCUGAUCAAAACCAGAAUAACAAAGAGGCUGCCGAGGAAAAGUUCAAGGAAGUACUGACGUCUUAUGAAGCCAUCAAGUUGGAAAGAAAGAAUAAGAGAAACUAAUUCUAAGAGGACCACCAGUUGAACCCACUGUAUUUACCCCAUGUUGUAAGAGGGGCAUGGCUCUGUUCAAAGGUUAUGCCUCGUUUUUUUUGUAUUUAUCAAUUCUUGAAGUGGCCCUGAUCUUCAAGGGGGCGAAAGGAUGACCCACAAUACUGUUGUUGAUGUACAUAAAGAAGAGAGUACAUAGAGCCCAUAUUUUCCUAAGCUUUGAUUUCAUGAUGGUAGAGCAGAGAUUUCAAAAGAUGCAACCUGCUGCUGUCAUGCUUCAGCUGCAUUUGCUACCACGGAAUGUGGUGCUUUGGCUGAGCUAGUAUAUGUUGGCCAUUGAAAGUAGCAUAAGUGAGAUGAUGAGCUAUGGUUAUUUUUCUUUUCAUUUAUAAUAAAUUUAUGUGAAUUUACAAUUGUUCCCC